AUGUCCACGCUGCACAAUGGUUUGCAUCCUGAACCCAUUAUAAAUCAAAAUCAUAUCCAUUUGAAAGAUACCACCACAAUGAAUCAAAUGGAUAAAUCCACCAGUAACUCUUCCAUAUCAGAAUGCGAUAGUGGUCAUAGCUCCAACGUAAAAAGUCCAGCACAAAAUGAAUCAAACACAGACGAGGACCCAACAGCGUCAGACUUUUCACCGGAUAUUUCCUUGUCCUCCCAGAAAACUCUGCGCUACUCUGAUGUGGAGUCGGAGCUAAAUGGGAAAUCUGGCCUGAGUUCGGACUCGAUGGAAAAUUUUGAAGGUCUGACAAAGCUUGACAAGCCUGUAGACAUGUAUGGAAAGUCUUCAGUCCAACACACAAACAGCUGCAAUGAGAAUAGCUCCACUAUCACCCCUGACAGUGCUGAUGCUGAUUUGUCAGUGAACGCUGGUGCUUCCGGUGACGCCGUUCCAGAAAUUAGCAAUGCUUUGAGGCCAGAAAGUCUUUCCUUACCCUGGCCGCUCCAGACAUCUAAACAAGAAAAACGAAAAAUCAACCAUAUCGUCUAUGAAAAUGACUCUAAAAAUAGUUUUGAUAGUAGCGAUGAGGAGAUGGACGGACAGCACGUUGAGCCGUCUCAGGGUGGGAGCAGCCCCAUAGAUAUCAAAGCAUCAGAUGACCGUUUGGUGGAGCCUGGGGGCAGUCUGUCUAACAGCUUGCCACAAGGCACAAUAACAAGGAAAGGGGACAUGAUCCAGUUUGUAGCUGAUGACCUGCAUGAAAAAAUCAAACAGAGUAGUCCCAUGUCUUACGUAGCGGAUACAGUUAGCACAGAUAGUCGUCGCUCUAGUGUCCGCAGCGUGACUUCCUUCUCCUCAUCCACGUCAUUCGCCACCUCUUCCGGUGUCUCGAGGUCACCGAGCAGCCAGUUCCAGCAAAGUCCAGAUGACAUUCCACCAAUUGAUGCUGCCGCUGUUAUUGAGCUGGAAAAUCAUGCGCGAAGGGUAGCUGACAACCUUGACCUCAUGAUGGGUAACAUUCGUAACAAUUUACACAAGAUGUCAGCUUUAACUAUUGGUUGUCAAGAUGCAUACAAGCGAUCAGUUGACAUAACUUGUGAUUCUGUUGAUGCUAGUAUUAAGUCAAUGUAUGCUCUGAUGGCGAAGUGUGAAGAACUGAGUAUGGCGAUGGGACCAGUAGAACAGCUAGCUGUACAAAUAAAAGAAAUCAAGCGGAUCCUGGACCUGUUUGAGACUCAGUUGAUGGACAAAUAGAUCACCACCUGUUGGAGGUCACCACCUGAUAGAGGUCACCACCUGAUAAUGGUCACCUCCUGUUUGUGCAAUUUUAUGGGUUUUAUUCUAGUCCUAGUUGAUGAGAUUCAACCAUGUAGCUUGACUGUAAGAAGUCUGCCCAGCCUGAACUUUUUUCCUAUAUGAUCACCAAUGCAAUGGAUUAUCUUUAACGUAGCGGCUUUCACUUGCAUUUUAUCACACCUAACUUAUUUAAUAUUUUAAACAAUCUUUUCAUGAAAUUACAAAAACUGUAAGAAAGUUGUUAUAAUGAUAAUUUAUUUUCCUAUUUAUGUUUAAAGAAUUUAAAAGUCUGUCUUCAUUUUGUUAGUCCUUUCCUUAUUAUUAUUUUUUUUAAAUUUUCAUAAAAUUCAUUGAGAAUUAUCAAUUUUCUUGUAUUUUUCCCCAUAUUUCUGUUUGUAUACGUUUUUAACGUUUUUUG